AUGAAGAACCUCAUGUCUUUUAGGAGAAUCAUUUUCCUAUGCUAUCAUAUGCUUGUCUAUCUUUCUGAAAUUUCCUUGGCACUUGAUUCCAUUUCUCAAGACCUGUCCCUAAGUGAUGAUGUUAAUAACACCUUGGUUUCCAAAGAUGGAACCUUUGAACUUGGAUUCUUCACCCCAGGAAAUUCUCAGAAACGUUACCUGGGGAUUUGGUACAGGAAAAUCCCUAUUCAAACAGUGGUUUGGGUUGCAAACAGGGUAAAUCCAAUCAAUGAUUCAUCUGGCAUCUUGAGAAUGAACACCAGCUCUGGGAACCUUGUCCUUACACAGAAUGGCAAAGUUGUUUGGUCUACAACCUCUUUGAGAAAAGUAGAAAGUCCAGUGGCCCUUCUCUUAGAUUCUGGAAAUCUUGUGUUAAGAGAUGAGAAAGAGGCAAACAUUGAGGCCUACUUGUGGCAGAGCUUUGACUACCCUACUGACACUUUCUUACCUGAAAUGAAGUUUGGUUGGGACUUGAGAACUGGUCUUAAUAGAAAGCUAACAGCUUGGAAGAGUCCUGACGAUCCAUCUCCUAGUGACUUUUCAUUUGGUAUGGUACUCAACAACUAUCCUGAAGCAUACAUGAUGAAGGGUAACCAAAAGUUCUAUCGAAGUGGACCAUGGAAUGGUUUACAUUCAAGUGGUUCACCACAUGUUAAGGCCAACCCCAUUUAUGACUUCAGGUUUGUUUUCAACGAGAAUGAAGUUUACUACACAUAUAGCCUUAAGAACUCCUCUGUGAUCUCAAGGUUGGUUCUGAAUGCAACAAGCUACGUUCGUAGGCGGUAUGUGUGGAUUGAAUCAAAGCAAAUAUGGGAAGUCUACACUUCAGUGCCACUGGACUUAUGUGACAGUUAUUCCCUUUGUGGAGCUAAUGCAAAUUGUGUUAUUACAGAUUCACCUGUGUGCCAAUGUUUGGAAGGGUUCAAGCCUAAGUCACCUCAAGCAUGGGCCUCAAUGGAUUGGUCUCAUGGAUGUGUCCGCAAUAAGGAAUUAAGCUGUGAAAACAAGCUCAAGGAUGGAUUUAUCAAAUUGGCUGAGAUGAAAACGCCUGACACUACACAUAGUUGGCUGGAUCAGACAAUUGGGCUAGAGGAAUGCAGAACCAAGUGCUUGGACAACUGUUCUUGUAUGGCUUAUGCAAAUUCAGAUAUCAGUGGACAAGCAAGUGGUUGUGCCAUGUGGUUUGGUGACCUUAUUGAUUUUAGACAGUUUUCAGCUGGAGGCCAGGAUGUAUAUGUUCGAAUGGAUGCUUCAGAAUUAGAACACACCAGUGAGGGCCCCAAGAAGGGAAGAGUCCUGGUGGCAGUAACAGUUUCUUUGGCCGUGGCAGUAGUUUCUGGUAUUCUAAUAAUACUUGGCUUGUGCAAUAGAAAGAAAUCACGCGCCAAUGUGAAAGAGAGAUCAGACCUCAGUAUCAAAUCAUAUCAAAACAGUGGAAUGCAAGUGGAUGAUAUGGACCUACCAGUUUUUGACUUGUCAGCUAUAGCUAUGGCCACUAACAACUUUACAAUCAAGAACAAAAUUGGAGAAGGUGGUUUUGGAUCUGUAUAUAAGGGAACUCUAGCAGAUGGGUUAGAAAUUGCUGUGAAGAGGCUUUCAGAAAGUUCAGGACAAGGAUUGACUGAAUUCAAGAACGAAGUAAAAUUGAUUGCAAAACUUCAACACCGCAAUCUUGUAAAGCUUCUUGGAUGUUGCUUUGAAGGAGAGGAAAAAAUGUUGGUUUAUGAGUACAUGAUAAAUGGUAGCCUGAACUCAUUUAUUUUUGGUAUGGAUCCAAAGAAUGAAUUGCUUAUUUAG